CAACAAUCUCUGUCCAUCUGGCAACGAGCCCUUUCCGCUCUAUUUGAAAAAUAACAUGAAGCAUAAUCUCCAAAAUGCCUGUCGUCAACCCAGAGAAGCUGGUCGCUUUGCAGCGAAAUCCAGAAGGCAUCAGAAAUAUUUGCAUAUUAGCCCACGUUGAUCAUGGAAAGACUUCCCUCACCGACGCUCUUAUUGCCACGAACGGCAUCAUUUCUCCCAAGCUCGCAGGCAAGAUCAGAUACCUCGAUUCUCGGCCAGAUGAACAGAUUCGGGGGAUCACCAUGGAGUCUUCCGCCAUCUCCCUAUACUUUUCCAUGUUGCGAAGAUCUGCGCCAGAUGCAGCACCCGAACAGAACGAAUAUCUCAUAAAUUUGAUAGACUCGCCUGGGCACAUCGACUUCAGCAGCGAAGUCUCGACUGCUUCCCGUCUCUGUGAUGGUGCAGUUGUCUUAGUGGAUGCUGUCGAAGGUGUCUGCAGUCAGACCGUGACUGUACUUCGGCAGACUUGGGUUGAACAUAUGAAACCAUUAUUGGUAAUCAAUAAAAUGGAUAGGCUCAUCACGGAGCUGCAAAUGACACCCGGAGAGGCCUAUACACACUUGACCAAAAUACUCGAACAAGUGAACGCAGUGCUUGGGAGUUUUUUUCAAGGAGAGCGAAUGGAAGAGGAUCUCAACUGGCGAGAGAGAGUCGACGAAAGAAUUGCCGCCGCUGCCAAAGAAAAAGAAAAAUUAGACGAAGAAAAUGUUACUGGCACUAACGGCUCUGUCGAUACCGAAAACAUUACACCUAGCAACCAAGAGUUUGAGGGGAAGGAUGAUGAAGACCUCUACUUUGCUCCUGAAAAGAACAAUGUUAUAUUCAGUAGUGCCAUCGAUGGGUGGGCUUUUACAGUUAGACAGUUCGCCAGUCUUUACGAGAAGAAAUUGGGCAUCAAGCGUACGGCCAUGGAAAAGGUCCUCUGGGGAGACUUCUACUUAGACCCCAAGACCAAGAAGGUUUUAGCACAGAAGCACUUGAAAGGCCGAGCACUAAAACCGAUGUUCGUUCAGCUUGUGCUUGACCAGAUUUGGGCAGUAUAUCAAGCAACUACUGGUGGCGAUAAGGGGAAGGGUGAUCCAGCAAUGACCGAGAAGAUUACGAAAUCCUUGAAUAUUACUCUACCACUUCACAUAACACGUUCACGGGAUCCUCGAGCGAUACUCACCACUCUCUUUAGCGCAUGGCUACCUCUAUCAACAGCACUGCUCGUCUCUGUUAUAGAAUCUCUACCCUCACCACCCGUUGCUCAAGAGGGACGACUACCAGCUCUCAUCGAUGAAUCCCCUGGCUUUACUGACGUGGAUCCUAUCCUCCGAGAAGCUAUGAUCAAAUCCAAGAGCUCGGAGAACGAUCCAGUGGUGGCGUACGUCAGCAAGAUGGUGUCCAUCCCCGAGAGCGAGCUUCCGGAAAACAAACGCCGAGGAGGCACUUUAAGUCCAGAGGAAGCGAGAGAGAUGGGUCACCGAAAAAGAGCAGAAAUUGCAAGAGCUCAAGCUUUAGAAAAUGGCACUGCCGAAGAUCCUAUCGAUAGCAUUACAGAUGCACUUGGCAGCACAAAUGUUGAAGAUAUCAAAGUCGAGGAGAAGGAACUCGACCGUGAGCAUCUUAUUGGGUUCACUCGCAUUUAUUCAGGCACUCUUUCCGUUGGGGAUUCUGUUUAUGUUCUUCCUCCAAAGUUUUCACCGACACAUCCUCAUAAUAGCCCGGAGCCGCAGAAAGUUACUGUUACAGCUCUGUAUCUACUCAUGGGUCGUGGUCUUGAGCCACUUACAUCUGUACCUGCAGGUGUUGUCUUUGGGGUUGCUGGACUGGAAGGCCACAUUCUCAAAUCAGGGACAAUUUGUAGCCAGCUCGAAGGCAGCGUCAAUCUUGCAGGUAUCAACAUGGCUUCCAAACCUAUUGUGCGAGUGGCCCUAGAACCAGUUAACCCUGCAGAUCUCGACAAGAUGAUCCGCGGCCUCAAGCUGCUCGUCCAGAGCGAUCCAUGUGCUGAGUACGAGCAGUUCGAAAGUGGCGAGCACGUUCUGCUGACAGCUGGUGAGUUGCAUUUGGAGCGAUGCUUAACUGAUCUACGAGAACGAUUCGCCAGAUGCGAAAUCCAGGCUGGUGAACCGAUUGUUCCAUACCGGGAGACAAUAGUUCGAGCAGAAGAAAUGAAGCCACCUGCAAAUAAGGAGCUCGGCAGAGGUACGGUGAUUGCAACAACCACUUCGAAACAAGUUUCCCUUCGACUUCGCGUCCGACCUCUGCCAGCUGAAGUGACAGAAUUCUUGGGGAAGAAUGUAACUGCUAUCAAGAGACUUUAUUCUGAUAGACAGGCCGCGGAAAAGCGGACAGAGAAAAAGAAUUCUCAGGAUUCCAGCGAGCACCAAGACGUCGAUGAGGAUGAUUUAGUAGACAACUCGAACGUCUUGUCGCUCGCAGAGUUCAAAAAGCAACUACAGGCCACCUUUGAAAGGGUUAAGGGCCCGAGAGAGAUUUGGGCAAAUGCAGUGGAACAGAUCACGGCGUUUGGACCUCGGAGAACUGGAGCAAAUGUCCUGAUAGACACGACAAAUGAUUGCAUAUGUGGCCGAUUCCUGCGAGAUUCAGCAGAGGAGAAAGAGCAAACAGUUGGAGAUACACUACAGGCUCGCGACUUCUCUGACAAGAUCAGCUACGCCUUCCAGCUUGCCACAGCCCAAGGACCCCUGUGCAACGAACCAGUCCAAGGAAUCGCCGUCUUCCUCGAAGAAGUCACUCUGACACCUUCCACUGAUGACGAAUCUUCUGCGCGAGACAAGCUGGGAAGACUCACUGGAGAAGUGAUCAAGACUGUUCAGCAAGCUAUUCGACAAGGGUUCUUGGACUGGAGUCCUCGCUUGUUACUCGCUAUGUACUCCUGCGAAAUCCAAGCAAGCACCGAAGUCCUAGGCAGAGUUUACGACGUAAUCACCCGCCGCCGCGGGCGCGUCCUCUCCGAAGCCAUGAAAGAAGGCACGCCCUUCUUCACCAUCCUCUCUCUCCUUCCCGUCGCCGAGUCCUUCGGCUUCAGCGACGAGAUUCGCAAACGCACAUCUGGCGCAGCCUCUCCACAAUUGAUUUUCCAAGGUUUCGAUAUAUUGGAUGAAGAUCCGUUCUGGGUGCCGUUUACGGAGGAUGAUUUGGAGGAUCUGGGCGAGCUGGCGGAUAAGGAGAAUGUGGCGAAGAGGUAUAUGGAUGGUGUAAGGAAGAGAAAGGGGUUGAUGGUUAGUGGGAGAAAGUUAGUGAAGGAUGCGGAGAAGCAGAAGACUUUGAAGAGGUAGUUGAAUUUAGGUUGGUCGUUUUAACCUUGUUCUACCAGCUUAUGCAGAACAAUAAUCUUGACUCUGGUUCUCAGUGUUUCAUCUCAGUCCAGGGCAAUCAGCAUGUUGUUUUCUUGGUCUUUUGCCCUGAAUCUGAACCUUUUUUGUGGUUCUCCGUUCAUCGUCCUAGCUCAGUUGGAAACAAACAUUCGAAACGAUUGACUUCUCAGUGUACUACCUCAAUCCAGAACAUCGGACGUGCUUCUUUCCUCAUUAUCCCCAUAUCAGCUAGAACAAUCAAGAUAGCU